AUGUGGGAAGAUGCAUAUCGGUCAAAGUUGCAACCGCUUCGUGCUGCGAUGCUUUCGUUGUGGAGAUCGUGGUCACAAAGUUGCGGAGUGUCCCAGCAAGCCAAUCAGAGGGCGUUGCCGCCACCCCCGGGAGCCGGAGGAGCAUCGGGAGGUAGUUCGGGCCGUGGAGCAGCUGGAGCUAGGCCACUUGAGAGGGUCUUCGUGAUGGAGCUGCGGAUUUCUGUCCUCCGAACUCACCCCCAGUUUAUUCUUAUGCAGGUGGUUUUAGGGAGCUACCCGCCAUGGUACCUUGCCUCAGUCUAUGGUAGCCCGGCACAUCAUCUGCAUCGGCGUUUGCGGACUGACCUUCGUCAAGCUGAAAAUAGCAUCACGGGCCCCUGGAUUGUCGUGGGGGACUUCAAUGCGGUUCUCAAUAGUGAAGAGACGAGUAAUUACAGCUCCUUCUCCUCGCACCGAAGCGCGGACUUCAGAAACUGGAUCCAAGACGAGGGGCUCAUUGACCUGGGCUUCUCAGGGCCGAAGCUCAUUUGGGUCAAAAACGAAGAGGCGGAACGUGUCAAGGGCCCUCGACUUGACCGGGCCUUAUGCAACACCGAUUGGCGAAACAAUUUCCCUGGGCCGUGCGUUACUCACCUAGCGCGAAUUGCUUCUGAUCACGCUCCUUUGCUUUUGCAGGUUGAACAACAGCGACAACAACUACACACAGCUCCUUUCUCCUUUCAGGCGGCCUGGCUUACCCGUACGGAUGUGCAUGACGUAGUGGGGAGGGCAUGGAACUCAACCAGAUGCUUUGUGGAUAACACACGUACCCUGGCAGAAGAGUUGGCUAAAUGGAACAAGGAGUCCUUCGGAAAUGUGUUUAAACGCAAGAAAGUCCUGAUGUCCCGGAUUAGUGCGGCCCAGAAGGCCUUAGCAGCAAACUAUCAUAAAGGCCUAGCGAAGCUGGAAUUAAAGCUCAGGGAAGAACUUGAGAUCAUUCUUCAUCAGGAAGAGCUCAUCUGGACAGUCACUAAAGACGAGGUCCACAAAGCCCUCAAAGACAUGAAGCCCUUCAAAGCCCCGGGCCCCGAUGGGUUCCAGGCAGGUUUUUAUCAGCACAUGUGGGACAGAGUGAAAGAUCCAGAGAACAUCAGACAGUUUAGGCCCAUUAGCCUCUGUAACGUGAGUUACAAGAUCAUCACAAAGACAAUCAUCAACCGACUUAAGCUUAUCCUCCCAAAGAUCGUGGGACCGUUUCAGAGCUCCUUUGUUCCGGGACGCCAGAUUUCAGAUAAUGUUAUCAUCUUCCAGGAGGACACCCUCGAAUGGGCGGGCUUUUCAGGCACGAUCAAGGACCUCAUCAUGACUUGUGUCCGGACAUCUAGGCUUUCAGUCAUCUGGAAUGGGGACCGGUUAGAGACCUUUCGCCCUGGCCGAGGCAUCAGGCAAGGCGACGCUAUGUCCCUAGCGAUUUUUGUUCUUUGCAUGGAAAGGAUUAGUCAGAUGAUAGUCUCUGCGACGGACAGUCACAGGUGGAAAGGUAUAAAGAUUGCACCAAAUGGGCCGACACUAACACAUCUUUGUUUUGCAGAUGAUAUGGUCCUUUUCACAGAGGCCACAAGUGAGCAGGUUGAAGUAGUCAAAGAAUGCCUUGACCGGUUCUGCAGGGACUCGGGACAGCGUAUCAGUCUGGCAAAGUCACAUGUAUUCUUUCCAAAGAAUAUGGAUGGCAACAACGCUGAUAGCAUCGCCUGGCAAUUAAUCAUUACUCGUACUAAUGAUAUGGGUCGAUAUUUGGGAGUCCCGGCUUUCCAUGGGCGGAUUACAUGUGCCAGUUUUUCGGACCUCCUGGACAGAAUCUCGGGACGCCUCGAAGGUUGGAAAGCAAGAACGCUAUCCAUGGCGGGGCGAGUUGUUCUUGCGAAAGCCGUACUUAACGCCAUUCCUGCUUACACCAUGCAAACGGCAGCCCUCCCUAAAAGCAUUGGACUUGAAAUCGAAAAGAUGACUAGGAAGUUCAUCUGGGGUGGAAAGAAUCAGGAGCACAAAAUGAGCUUGGUUAACUGGGAUCUUGUCACGACAGAGAUAGAUGCUGGGGCCUGGGAGUGA